GAGGAGGAAGAUCCAGGCGAGGGGCCCUCCUCAGAACCACCACCAUCACGAAAGGCAAAAGCAAAAACUAAGAGACAUGCAGAAGAGAGUGAUGAAGAGGAAGUCUCUAUUACUACUCGCCGGCCUCUAAAGAUGACUGAAAUCCAAGGUUCAAGAAAGGAGUUUACACGGCGCCCGAAUGAAAGUCUUGUUUCCCGGUUGGUUCGCUGUUGGGACAGUGGGGCCCAUAGCUUGUCUCUGGAUGGUAAUGAAGCUCGCCAACUAGGUGCCAUUGCCAGAGAUCCAGCUAUUGAUAGAGGAAUUAGUCGAUGUUCGGAUGAGGCUGCCUCCCUCUGGGAACGAGUGUUAAUAGCCGUGAAGGAAAAGUAUCCCUUCAAAAAUGGCUUGAAGAUUGCGAUGAAGAAAUGGGAUACAGUUGAAAAGGGUAUCCAGUAUUUGAGGGAAAUAGGCGUGGUGGAAAUGUUGUAUGACCCUAACUUUGUUCCUAACCAACCACACCAAAACCGCGACCCUGAAAGAGUGAGGACAACGCCUGAGAUAUGGCAGAAAAUCGUGACAACAGCACCGGACAAAUAUGCCGCUACACUAACGUCAGCGUGUGACAGAUACCAGGAACAACAGAGAACGCCCUUAGUUUAUGAAUUAAUUCUUACGCUCCAAAACUACGAACAAUUGCUGUCCCCAAUUCAUGCUGCCGUUGCUACGAUAUCAAGAAUGACGGAGCAAGUGUCUCAACUGAUUAACCGUGACAAACCUGUAGCAGUAUCAGAAACGCUUGAUGAAGAUCAGGAUAAUCAAACAAGUCUAGCGAAGGAUGUGAAGGAGGUGAAGGAGACGAUGAGAUUUUUGCGAGCCCAUCAAAAAUCUCAGCUGUUAGAGGCAAACGCUCUCCGGCUCAAGUAAGGGGUAAUACACCGCGAAUUACCUUAUGGUAUUACCUACGUGACCAUGGAGAAGACAUGGGGAAGUGGCACGGUCAACCUACUCCUGUACUACGAGCCCGGGUGAAAGAAUUACAAAGCAGAUCAACCACCAGUGCAGUUGCUCCAGUUACCACAGGUAAUGAAUAGAGGGGCCCUGCCCUCAGUCAGGGGGGGGAAAGGGAUAAUAGAGUAUAUUGGACUGUGUGGAUUCGAUGGCCUGGCACAUCAGAACCACUGAAAUAUAAGGCCCUGGUGGACACUGGUGCACAGUGCACUCUGAUGCCCUCGAGUCAUG